AUGGAAAAUUCAAGUCAAAGAUGUUCUGAUACAAUUAGGAUUACACAAGGCGUUGAAAGGAAACAUUUCCAACAUGGACAACGAGAGUGGGAGGAAGUAGAUUUGAGAGCUUCAAAUACAAUCCAUGUGUCUUUGGAUAAGAAUAUUCUUGUGAAUGUUCUUGGUACAUCGUCAGUCAAAGAGUUUUCGGAGAGACUUGAAGGGCUAUAUCAAGGAAAUGGUAUAUCAAAUCAUUUAUUGUUGAAGGAGCAGUUUCAUAGCUUGUGUAUGGAUGAAUAUACGAAAAUAUCUGAUCAUCUAAGUGUUCUAAAUGGUAUUCUUUCUGAAUUAGAAAGUCCAUUAUUUAUACAAGCAUUGGAAGCUCCUCAAAAGUUGGUUGCUGGCAAACCUCCCAGCAAAUAUGAGAAGAAUUUGAAGAUCAAGGAUGAUUCUGAUAACUCAAACCAGAUGUCCAUUUCAAGCUCUGAGCAGAACAUCCAUAAUUCUGAUGUCCCCAACAGUAAGUCUGUGGAUGAGCAGGCUAAGAAAAUUGCAGUUCAUGAAGAUAUUUCUUCUAUCUUAAAGAUUGGUUCAGUCACUAUUACCGCAAAGCAGGUUGAGGCAAAACAAUCUGGCAUUGGUAACAGAGAACAAAUUGACGUUCUUACUGUAGGCUCAAUGCCCAUUAAAGUUAAUGGGUUUGGCGGCUCUUCUGGUUUCUUGAAAGUUGGAAGUAUACAACUUAACCCAAAAGCUUUACAACCGUAA